AAAGAAGUACUAUGGCAUUUGGUCUCUUUGGUGAAUACAUAUCUGAUUCAGAGGACGAGAAUUACCCAACUUGGCCUUGCCUAAACAAGAAAAAUGAUGGGCCAAUCAAUUCUCAGACUGACUUUCGUAUAAUGUAUAAGAAAAACUGGCUAGAGAAUCGCAAAAAGAGUGAGUAG